AUGGCCAAGGUGCUGCUCUCCUGCCUGCUGCUGGCCCUGCUGCUCCUGGCCCCAGCCCUGCCUGCCCCACAUGAGCGAGGGCUCAUCUUCAACUUGGACAUUGGGGAGCUGUGCCUGCAGAGUGCCCAGUGCAAGAGUCGCUGCUGCCACCGGAGCAGUGCCCUGAGCCUGGCUCGUUGUGCGCCGAAGGCAGCUGAGACCCAAGAGUGCUCCCCAAAGAGCUUCUAUGGGAUCUACUACAAGUGUCCCUGCGAGAGCGGCUUGAGCUGUGACGCUGAUAAGACCAUCGUUGGCUCCAUCACCAACAGUGACUUUGGCGUCUGCAAGGACCCCCAGGAAGGGUUGUGA